AUGGCAUCGUCUUUUUUGGUUCCCUUCACGCUGCAUGUGAAACGAUCAGAGACAUGCGAAUCGUUGCAUGAAGAUCUUGGGCCCCUGCUAUCAUUGUUGCGCGAGGAGGGGAAUUGCUCACCCAGAACAACCCCGGCCUCAACGCGACCCGCGACGAGUUCGAAUACGCUGCACCAUUUGUUAGAGAAUGCCACCGUGUUGCUUCCUGACUUUGACGCACAACUCGUCCACGAUGAAGCUGUUGAUUUUACUACCGGCGUUCGGCUUUUGGCGCGAUUUGAACAGAGUUAUGUGUCUCUUAUUUUUAAAGAGUACUGCAAGCGCAAAAGCAUUGAGAAGGAGCGGGAAGAGGCGUUGGACGAAUUUAGGAAGUCGCGACAGGAACUGAUGGAUGCGGAACUGCCACUGGACGUCCGCGAGUCUCUGGCUGCUUUGGAAAUGAGGGAAUCCAACGAACGGGAGGCGCUGGCGAUGGCGUACAAAAGUUUUGUGGACUGGGUAGAUGCGACCACUCCGCAGUGGCUGGAGGCGGUUGCUCGGUUGGAAAAGGGGAGGGAAGCUAAGGCUGCCGCCGUCGACGCGGCAAAACGUGCAUUGGAGGAUGAGCUUGCGCAGCGUCAUGCCGUUGCGACAACGGGCCAAGUGGCUGCCGUAACGGAUGAAUCCCUGCGGCGCCAAGCAAUUGCCAUGGUAGAACAGGAACAAGAGCGUCGCCUACAGGCACAAGAGGACCAGGUCAAAAUGCUACGCCUUCAAGAGGAACAGUUGCGACGUCAAAUUGAGGAGAACAGAAGACGGAGCGAGCUGGAGAGGGAAAAGCAACACGAGGCCGAGAUUGAAUGCAGGCACAAGGGCCUAUUGGAGCAGGAGGGCACAUUGCAGCAACGCCUGUCCCAAUAUGAAAAGGCGCGAAUGCAGCGCGAGGAAGAACGUCGCAUGAUGCUGGAGCACAUUGCGGCGGAGGAAGAAUUGCUCCGCCAUCGCCUGGAAGAGCGGGAGAUGCAACGAAAAAAGGCGGAGGAGGAAAAGGAAAGAAUGGAACGCGAAAGCCGUGAGGAGCUUUACGAACAUGUGGAGGCAGAAGAAGAGUUGUUGCGACAACGCCUUCUGCGCUAUGAGGAGGCACGAGAGGUGGAGGCUGAAAUGUUAAGGCGGAGGGCAGAAAAGGGGCGGGAAGAGUUGUACGAACAUGUACGCGCAGAGGAGGAAAUCCUGCGACGGCGACUUGAACAGCGACGGAGGGAAGAGGAGGAGGAGGAACUUCAAAAAGAAAUGAUACUCAAAGCAAUGGCUUUGGAGAAAUCUGCGUUGGAGGAACGCGAGCGUCACCGUGUGGAAGGGGAUCACCAGUUAAAAGGACUGGAAGAUGCAAAUACAGAAGAUGAGCUACGCCUACUGCUUGAAAUGGAAGCUAGGCAGAAACGCCGUAUUGAAGAACAUAGGCAGCAUUCUCAGGCACAAAAUCAACUGCAUCCUCCUCCUCAUAAUCAUUAUUAUUAUUAUUGCCAUCAGCACUAUCAACAUCAUCAGUUACAGCUGCCGGAUCAGCCCCCUUCAUCAACUAUUCACAACUACCAUGAUCCAAUGUCUUUGAAUCCACCACCACCAGCUCCUACUCUUCCUAGUGCUGCAGCCGUCGUAAGUUCUCCGGAUGCAUACCCGUGGGGAAACAACGCGGUUUCACCUUCUAGUUGGCAUCACCCGUAUUCGUAUCCACACCUGCAGCAGCCAGCACCACCAGGUUAUCCGCCUUUUUCAGUUCAGCGUUGA